AUGACUCAGGUAUCAUAUUUAAGAGCACUGAUAGUGGGUGCUGGAAGUAGAGGAAGGGCAUAUACAAGAUCUCUUCGCCAUUUAGACUAUAUCCGAGUAACAGGAGUAGCGGAACCCAGUGGUCCUCGAAGGAAGAAGCUCAUCAACUAUUGUCAUCAGGUAUAUCCAGAUAAAGUUGCUAUAACAGAAUAUUCAGACUGGAAAGAAAGUUUAGCUGAUUCAGGGAACUAUGAUUGUGUUAUCAUCUGUGUACUAGAUGACAUGCAUCGUGAAGUUGCUGUGGCUUUUGCCAAUGCCGGUAAACAUAUGUUAUGUGAAAAGCCGCUGGCAACGACUUUGGAAGACUGUGAAGCUAUUGUCAAAGCAGUAAAAGAAAAUAAUGUUCUACUUGCAAUUGGCCAUGUACUUCGAUAUUCUCCUCAUAAUAUUGCAUUAAAGGAGUUGUUGGAUUCAGGGGUGGUUGGUGAGAUCAUUAACAUUAACCACACUGAGCCUGUAGGAUGGUAUCAUUUUGCACAUUCAUACGUGCGAGGAAACUGGCGUCGUGAAGAUACUACUACAUUUUCUCUCAUGGCAAAAUGUUGUCAUGAUAUUGACGUUUUAAUGUGGUUGCUAGGUUAUGAGAACCUGCGAAGAGUCUCUUCAUUUGGAUCGCUAUCCUAUUUCAAAAAGGAAAAUAAACCAGAAGCUGCUGGUGACAGGUGUAUGAGCUGUCCAAUUGAAGAAUCCUGUGCAUAUUCUGCCAAAAAAAUAUACUAUGAUGACUUAGCAGCCGGGAGAAAAGCGUGGAAGACAAAAACUAUUACUGAUAUUGAGGAUCCUGUGCACCUGAAAAAAGCUCUUGAAGAGGGACCAUAUGGAAUCUGUGUAUUUGAUGCUGACAACGAUGUCUGUGACAAUCAGGUGGUGAGUCUUGAUUUCGGCAAAGCCACUGCCACGAUGACAAUGAUAGCGUUUUCCGAGGAAGUGUGUUUCCGUAAAAUGUGCAUUUACGGAACCAAAGGCGAGAUCUCGACCGAUUCAAGAACGAUCAAACUCUUUGACUUUGCCACUCGAACGACCAAAUCGUUCACACCUGACACAGACGAGGAAUCUGGUCAUGGAGGUGGAGACAAAGGUCUUGCAACCGCAUUUGCAGAAGCGCUCAAAGAUGUUCUCCUCCACGGCAGCAGCAUCGAAAAUGCCACCACCAAACACAUCAAAUGCACGCCCGAAGAGGUCCUCGGUAGCCACAAAGUGGUGUUCCUCGCGGAACAGGCCAGACUGAACGGCCAGGUAAUUUCGUUGUAG